AUGGGUUCUUCACAUUCAAUACAAAUACCCUCAGAAGAUGAACAGCAAGAGGAAGAAGAUGAAGAUGAAGAUGAAGAAGAACAUAAUAUCCAAACCGAAAGAAGACAAAUGUUGGGUGAUGAUAAUCUAGUCAAGAAAGUUUUAGAACAAGAGCCCGAAAUGUUGCCGUGCCACGCGUCGGCUUCUCCGCUUUCACCGCAGCUGUCCACUUACGGAACGCCGCGAUUGGGGCCAUCGAUCAAGGUGUGGGACCCUUACAAUGUCCUGGCUCCUCCUCCGCCUUUGCCUCCACCACCGCAGUUCUCUAGGAGCUUCUCCUCCUCCUCGGAUGCGGUGGAGGACGAUCGGACGGUCACUGAGGUGUAUUUGAUCAGUCACGGGGAAUGGCACAUGAAUUUAAGGCCGGAUUUAAUCGCAGGCCGCAGCCCAGAGGCGGCAUUAACUCCCAACGGAAAGCGUCAGGCCAGAGCUUUGGCAGUGUUUUUGAAAUCGCAAGGGAUUCAGUUCAAUUCUGUUUACACCUCGCCGUUGAAUCGAGCACGUGCCACUGCGCUCUCUGUUUGCCAGGAGUUAAAUUUUUUGGAGGAACUGAUACAAUCUUCAGAUGCAUUGGUGGAGAUGAGCCAGGGACACUGGGAAGGAUGCCACCGUUCAGAAAUUUUUACACCUGAAACGAUGAGCUUUGUGGAGAGAUUCCAGCCAGAUUUUUCUGCUCCAUCUGGGGAAUCACUGAGGCAGGUGGAAUUCCGGAUGGUUCAGUUCCUAAAUGGUACAGUUUUGACGUUGCCUGAAAAAUAUAGAUCCGUUUUCUCCCCACCAGAACAGAGUGAGAACCCGGUUUUUCAAAACCACAGUUGUCAUGCUCCAUCAAAUUUAAUUCCCGACCAAGAUGGGCCGUCUCUCCCUCCACACCAUUGGGAUUUGCUUCACAGGAAUCGGCAAGGGCUUUCAAGGAAGAAAUCCGGGAAGAGCAGGCUUCAGAUCGUGACUACCACUGGGGAUAACGAGGCUGAUGACGAGAUGUCUCCUCGAGUACCCAUUAACCAAGGGUUGAUUCGUGACAUAAAUGUCAGAAACACCCCUUCUUCCGCAUCUUCUUGUGUCGGUAUUUUCACGCACUCGAUCCCAAUCAAGUGCCUCCUUACCGGCAUCCUUGGCUGCAGUCCAGCAAUGUCGCAUAAGAUUUGCAUAGAAGAUUCGUCUGUCACAGUACUACAACACACAUGGAAACUUGGUUGGCAGAUCAAGAGAUCAAAUGAUACUUCACAUCUCAGGCUUCUGUAA